UCUCGCAGACGUAAGGAAAGAACCCUCCAAAAGCAACUGAAAAGGAAGAUAUUGAAGCCAUUUCAGGAAUUUUUUAGGAGAUAUAGACCUUUUUUUCCCCCCACAAAGUCUGAAGCCGUAGAUGAAAAGUAAAGAAAUAGUAAAGAAGUAAGUAAAGAAGAAAAGUAAAGAAGAAUCGUGAAUGGGUUUUUCGUCCGAGUGAAGAUGUUGACGUUGCAGUGUGAUACCAACGUUACCAAAAACCUUCAGUGGUUGCGUGGGAGAAGUGAACUUUGUGACGUUGUGGUCAUCGAUGGAGAUGGCCAGCAGAAUCCCGCUCACAGCUGUGUUUUGGCCGUGCAUUCCACUGUCAUAGCAGCUGUCCUUCAGGGUCGUUUGGCUGCAUCACGAGAUUGGUCAGUCAUGAGACCGCUCAUUAUAUCCAUUGAUGAUGUAUCCUUGAAGAAUUCUUCUGCUGGACAAGAUGGUGCAUCAGGCAUAAAUGUGAUGGAAGCCUUAGUGAGACUCUUAUAUGGGGAGAAAGUGAGCAUUUCUCCCUCUCACUUGGCAUUACUUAUCCAGUACGCUGAAAUGCUUGGUCUUUCACAUCAGAUCUUGGACUGUCUGCACUCCAAAGUUCCUUUCUCAAACGAGGAGAGUCCCAGCUCAGAUAAAGGAAGAGUAAGGAAGAAGCACAGCCGAAAGCCCGUUCUAAAAGGAAAUCUCAAAAACGCUGACAAGACCACAGAGAGCUUAGUUCAAGACAAACUUGAAGAGUGCAUAGCUGGACCUCCUCAACCUGAAUCAAAACCUGUGUUGGAACAAGAAAAACAGACGAAAUUCCAAGUAACUGAUUCGUUUGAAGAAAAAUCUGAUGCAGACAGCAGCAUGCUUGACCUGUCAAUGUUAUGUUCCGAUGUGCAGGGUCUGAGUAGUGGAAUAAACAGCAGCUGGACCCUUGUUCAGUGCCAGGACCAAAACACCACUCAGCCGUCCAUCCCUGAAUUACAAGAAAGUCAUGAAAGUGUCCCUGGCUUUGAAGAGGAGGCAUCCCUGGAAAGGUUAGGUGGGACUACUAAUGAGUCGUCUAUGGAAGACCUUACGUCCAAACUAGAGUUCACAAACCAAGCUAGUGAAAUGGAAGCUGAAGGAUCAUCUUGCACUGGAAAUGAGGGUACGAAUGACAUGCUGAGUGUGGUGGUGAGUGCUGAGCAACAGCAAAAUAUAUGUUCGGGUGAAACACAAAAGUUGCUGCAAAAGAAAAAACAGCAAAAACAGAGAUCUGUUGGAAGAGGUUUGAUCUGCACUGUUUGUGGAUCAGCAUUCCAACGAUGUGGAGAUUUGGUGAAACAUGUUCAGAACAUGCAACACUUCACUGUAGAGUGUCCUUUGUGCUUUGUGCAGGUACGAGAUCUUGAAGACCAGCGUUUACAUUUUGCUCUGCAUGACCAAGAACUCCCCUUUUUCUGCAUGUAUUGUGACCUGCGGUUUCGUACCCGUGCAGCUCUCACCAUGCACAUGCCAAAGCAUUCUACCUCUAAACCAUUUGUAUGCAGUGACUGUGGACGAGGAUUUAAGUGGCGCCAUGCACUGCAAGCCCACCUGUACACCCACAGUCCAACCAUCAGACUGCUGUGUGAUAUUUGUGGAUUCUCCUCAAAAUAUGUCAGCAGUUUCAAGGCUCACCUCCUGCAGCACUCUGGCAGGGCCUUCCCUUGUCCCCACCCAGGAUGUUCGUUCACUUCUAAGAGAAAGACGCAUUUGAAUGAUCAUCUUGCUACCCAUUCUAAGACACGAGUGCACCAGUGUGAAGUCUGUGGUCACUCCUUUUCACAUGCAAAGAACUUGAGACGACACAUGCGACUUCAUGCACCUGCCUCCAAUCUACUUACCUGCCUAGCUGUCUCAAAACUCCAGUGUAACUUUCUAAACCAAUCAGUGCUUGUAGAGCAAGAGUUUAAAACAGAUUUGAAGAUGAAUGUUGGCAAUAAGUAUUUUUAG